UAAAAUUGGAAAUUUUUCUGAUUAUCAUAGUUGCUUUUGCUCUUUGAAGUUUUGUGUCUUACCAUAAAGUGAUCUACCCUAGCUGUUUUCUCCUGAUUCACACAAGAAUAUGAAUUGCAGACUAGGUGCUUUCUUCUUACUGCUGGCUGCCUUCGUGGUCAGUAGUGUGGCAUACCCAGCCACCAGACAAGAGAGCGUAGAUCUGGAACUCAAAACACACCUCGCAUCAAGCAAAAAAUCUGACCCGGCAUAUCUGACGAAGAGGGAGGUUGACUCACUCGAAACAAACCUAGAGGACUUGGUAUUGGACUUUAAAGAUGAUGAACUUUCUUCACGACGACUGAAAAGAGGAGUAAGGAAGAAUAAGAAGGGAAAGAUUAGAAACCACAAAGGAAUCUUCUACAAAUGGGAAUAUCCUGUGGGAUAGGGGAUCUUAUUCCUUGAUUGGACUCGUCCGAAAUAAAAAACUUUUUGAACUUUGGACCAUUCAAAAGGAAGUGUUUAAUGUGUUUCUAUUUGUGAUUAAACUUAAAAUUUCUCAAAUACCUGAUCGUUUGUUAAGUUGAAUUAUUAAGUUAAUUUCGUGGAAGUUUUCUCUAUUUAUGUGGGUUAUUAACUAAGAGUUAACACUAAACAUUGAUAUUUAUUAACUUAUAAGAAGGUGCAAUUACUUCGGAACUCGAUUUUUUACUUUUAUGUUCCUAAAAUUUAAAUUUUUGUAAGCCUAAAUUCGAUUUGGGUUUUUUGUUUUGUUAUUAACUUAUUACGAUAAGGUAAUUAUUUAUAUCACGCUCGGACAUCACUCAGUGAAUGGAUUGAGAAAGCAAGAG